GAGAGACAGAGAGAGAGAGAGAGAGAGAGAGAGAGAGAGAGAGAAGAGAGAGGGGGUAAUCAGACACAUGCGUCCAGAAACAGAGCACAAAAGAGAAGCAGACAGGAGGAUUCAGGAGGAGCAAUAAACAAGAGGAGAGGAGGAGUGAGGGAGCAGGAGGAGGCGGAUUGAAUGUGCUUCUUUCUCCUCUGUGUGUGGAAGGAGCGAUGGCCGAUAACAGCACUCAUCCCAUUCUGGAAAUACUGCAGUCCUUCGGCUUGAGGGAUCUGAUUCUGGCCUUCUGUCUCUCCAUGGUGGUUGGUUUGGUGCUGGGCGCUCUGGUGUAUGUGACCUUGACCUGGAUGUCCCGUCGACGGGCUUCAGCCACCAUCACCCGUCUGCCCUCGUCCCGCUGUGUUGGCCGCUCAUCAUCAUCCUCUUCCCCACGCUCCCGUGCCGCGUUUGGCCGCCACAACAGUGCCCACGACCGCCGCAGCAACAACAGCCUGGCCAGCGCCGCCUUCUCCUUCCACCGGCAGGCCUCAUGCUCCUCCCCCACAAGCGACCAGGCCGACCUGCUGGGCCGCAAAUCCAGCUUCAGGGCCUCCACCUUCCAUCCCCUUCUUCAGUGCAGUCAGAUAGCCCGUGAGGCGGAGGAGGGUAGCCAAGGCAGCCUGCCCCGCACCCCCACCCUCAACAAUAACCCCACAGCCACUGGCUCAACCACCACGGUCAGCUCCAUGGUCACCCCUCCCAGGGCCAGACCAAGACCGGACUCUUUUUGGGGGAACAACGGUCUGAGGGGUGUCCAAACCCCUCCACCAGCUUAUGAGAGCAUCAUACGGGCCUAUCAGGAAACCUGCACUUGAGCCAUGGGUAAGAGGUGACAUAUGGAAGAUGAAGAGGUCCACAGACUUGGAAAAGGGAAAGGACGAGAUGAUCUGAAGAAGAAAUAAAUGACUGUGAAGAUGAUGGACCUGAAAGGACCCAGGACAUUUUUAAUUUUUAAGGGUUUUACAAUAAAAUUGAACAAGAUUGAUUAUUUUCAAUGAGAUUGAUGCUACCAGUCGAAGUAUAAACAUUUAUUAAAGAGAUGUUCUAUGGAAUGGCUAAUAACACUCAAAAUGUAAUUAUCCAUGGCACUCUUCUUACAAUUAAAAAGCCUUUAAUAUAAGCCAGUUUUAUAAUAUUGCUAUGGAGAACAAGUAAGAUAAGUCUUUCUUAUCUUUUGUCCAUAGCCAUGUUAUAAUAAAGGCCUUAUUACAUCAAAUUCUUAUGAAAGACUUUAUUAUGACUUGGCUAAGGACACAAACUAAUGCUUUUCUUUGUCUAUAGCCAUAUUAUAAUAUGAUCUUUUUCAUUCUAAGAAGAAUGUCUUAGACAUUUGAUUUGCGCAGAGAUUUAAUGCUUAGUUUUCAAUGCAUUGUUAGUGCUGUGUAUGCUUAUGUGUGUGAAAGAAUGAAAAAAGACAGAGGGAGAGAGGGAGAGAGAGAGACACAGAGAGAGAGAGAGAGAGAGCGAGAGAGAGAGAAAGAGAGAGACAGAGAGAGAGAGAGAGAGAAUAAAGGCCAUGGGACUCUGACCCACAAAAAAACAACAUUCUAAUGUUGGCAGUCAUUUUCACACAGUUUCAAAAUAAGAACUGACAAGCCAAACAAACUAGCAUGAAUAGAGGGGGAGAACAUUCUACAACAGUGUGAAUACACGGAACACUCUAGAAAGGCAUGUAUUGGAGGACAACAUUCUAGAACAGUAUGAAUAGCAAAAACAUUAUAGAUCAGCAUGAAUGGGGAAAACAUUCUAGAUCGGUGUGGAUGGGGAAGACAUUCUAGAUUGUUGUGGAUGGGGAAAAUGUUCCAGAUUAGUGCAAAUGGGGAAAGCAUGGUGGUUGGUUAGUGUAGUGGCUAACACCUCUGCCUUCUACACCUUAGACUGGGGUUCAAUCCCCACCUGGAUAAGCACCUUACACUAUACCAAUAAGAGUCCUUGGGCAAGACUCCAAAACA